AGGAGGCCGAGGCCAGCGACAACAUCCUGCCGCGCGGCCUCGUGUACCGCGGCAUCUUCUGCCCCUCGCUCGCCACAUCCUUCCUGGACGUGCGGCUGGAGCAGGCGUACCAGCGGUACUCGUACCGGCAGCGCCAGAAGGCCCUCAUCGCCGUCAACCUGGUGGACCUCGGCGUCAAGGUGGUCCUGGCGGGCAUCUGGAGCGUGGCCUACAUGAACAGCGCCAAGAACAAGGACAUGACGCCCGGCCUGGUCUGGUCGCUGGCGGGCGGCACGCUCAACGUGCUGGCCAGCGUGCUGGCCUGGUGGCGCUGCUUCGCCAACAACUACCUCCACUGGGCCGCCAUCGGCACCUGGGUGCUGUUCAACCUGCAGGCCUUCCUCGGCAAGGGCCUGGGCUUCUCGGACCACGACGACCUGGUGUGGUACGUGCUCUUCAUCGUGUUCGUGACGUACGCCAUGCUGCCGCUGCCGCUGCGCUGGUGCGUCACGGCGUCCGUCACCACGGCGGCGGUCCACCUGGGCCUGCUGAGCAACGCCCUGCACCAGCCCGAGCAGGCCGUGGGCGUGACCGAGAAGAAGCUGAUCGCCAACUCCAUCCUCUACAUCGGCGUCAACUUCGCCGGCAUGUACGCGCGCUACCUCACGGACCGCUCGCAGCGCAAGGCGUUCCUCGAGACGCACCGCUCCGUGGAGACGCGCUACCGCACGCAGAAGGAGAACGACCGCCAGGAGAAGCUGCUGCUGUCAGUGCUGCCCGAUUUCGUGGCCAGGGAGAUGAUCCAGGACAUCGCCCAGGAGGAGGAGAAGGGCGCCUUCCAGCCCAACCAGUUCCACAAGAUCUACAUCCACUGCUACGACGAGGUGUCCAUCCUGUUCGCGGACAUCAAGGGCUUCACAGCCCUGGCCAGCCAGUGCUCCGCGCAGGAGCUAGUCAGCGUCCUCAACGACCUGUUCGCCCGCUUCGACAAGAUAGCCACGGAGAACCACUGCCUGCGCAUCAAGCUCCUGGGCGACUGCUACUACUGUGUGUCGGGGCUGCCCGUCGCGCGCAAGGACCACGCCGUCUGCUCCGUCGAGAUGGGCCUGCACAUGAUCCAGGCCAUCUCCGCCACCCGGGAGCGCACCAAGGUGGCGCUGGACAUGCGCAUCGGCAUUCACUCCGGGUCGGUGCUGUGCGGCGUGCUCGGCCUGCGCAAGUGGCAGUUCGACCUGUGGUCCUACGACGUCACCCUCGCCAAUCACCUCGAGUCCGGCGGCGUGCCAGGGAGGGUCCACAUUUCGCAGGCGACACUAGACUGCCUCGGCGGCGCGUACGACGUGGAGCCCAGCAACGGCGGCGACCGCGACGCCUACCUCAAGGAGCACGACGUCAAGACCUACCUCAUCAAGAACACGGAGCCAUUGCGGAACAGGGGGCGCGCGCGCCACCGCGCCAAGCAGGCCGCCGCCCAGAAGAAGAGCCACCUGCUGCAGCCGCCGGGCAGCGUGGUGAUGGACGUCGUCAUCGACGUGCCCCCAGAGGUCGACGACAGCCAGCCCGCCGAGGUGAUGGUGGUGCCAGAGCGCGGCGCGGACGUGACCGCCAAGAACGCCGCCAACCCGGACGCCAUCGACAAGUACCCCGCGGCCAAGGAGGCGGGCGCCGCGCCCGCGCCGGCCCAGGAUUGGACGCCGGAGAUCCCCUUCAAGGACCUCAACGACCCCCGCGUGGACCCCGACGAGGACUCGUUCUUCGAGGACAACGACCGGUCGGCCUCGCCGAUGCAGGGCAACACCGACAAGGAGCCCAGCGACGUGGGCCUCAUCAUGGACCACUCCAUGGAGAUCGAGAGCAACGAGCGCAUGCGCAAGGAGAACCUGCACCGCUGGACGCUGCGCUUCAUGGACGAGGAGAUGGAGGACAAGUUCUGCGCCUUGAAGGAGGUGGUGUUCAAGUCCAACAUGGUGUGCUGCUACUUGCUGUGGCUGCUCAUCGUGGCCGUCCAGCUGAUCAUGAUGCCCAGAACUAAACUUCAAAUCUUUUCGCUGUCCGGGGACACGGCCUUCCUGACCCUGGCCAUGGUGAUCGUGAUGGCGGAAGAGUUCGAGUGGAUGCCGCGGGGCGUCCGCUUCGUCUCGACGCAGCUCACCAAAAACCGCCACUACCGCACCGUGUUCAUCUGCUUCCUGCUGUGCUCCAUGGGCUGCUUCUCGUCGCUCAGUCUGGCGGUGUGCGCCUACAACAUGCAGAGCCAGACGGUGGCGAGCGGCGGCCACAGCACCGCGUCGGUGUACACGUCGGCGCCCGUGGCCUUCAUCACGCCGGUCAUGGCGGCCGUGGCGCAGCCCGACGGCCAGGCCUUCUCCCGCUGCCGCUACCGCCGCGCGGCCUGGGCCAAGGCCUCCUCGGCCAAGCCCAAGCGGCGGAUCGUCCCCGGGGCCCCCGGCGCCCCCGUGGCCGUGCCGACCGCCGCGUACGACAGCACCACCACCCAGGCGGACGCGGGGAUGAUGGAGGGCUGCUCCACGCCCGAGUACUCCGUGUACACGUGGGUGGUGUGCCUCGUGGCCGUCGCCACCUGCCUCAAGCUCUACUUCAUGGUCAAGAUGGCGCUGGCGUCCGUGUUCGUCCUGUCGCACUCCGUCCUCAUCCUGUGCCUCUUCCCCUACGUGUACACCGACGGCAGCGAACGCAGUGACCGCACGUUGCCCAUGCUGACGCUGCUGGGCGUGUUCCUGACCAUGGUGAUCCACCACGCGCGCCUGGUGGAGAUCAUCUCUAGGCUGGACUUCCUGUGGAAGCAGCAGGCGGCCCGCGAGCUGGAGGAGAUGCUGGAGACCAGGCACAACAACAUGCAGCUGCUGCGCAACAUCCUGCCCGACCACGUGGCCACCCACUUCCUGUCGCAGGACCGCCCCCCGGAGGAGCUGUACUCGCAGGCGCGCGACAGGGUGGGGGUGCUCUUCGCCAGCAUCCCCAACUUCACCGAGUUCUACAACGAGGACGUCAACAAGGGCAUGGAGUGCAUUCGCCUGCUCAACGAGAUCAUCGCCGACUUCGACGAGAUCCUGGACGAGCCCCGGUUCAAAGUCAUCGAGAAGAUCAAGACGGUCGGGGCCACGUACAUGGCCGCCUCCGGCCUCGGCACCCUCGAGCCCGGCGAGGACGCGUGGGACCACCUGUGUGCUCUCGUGGACUACGCCCUGGCGAUGAAGACGAGGCUGGACGAAGUGAACAAGCACUCGUUCAACGCCUUCCACCUCCGCGUGGGCAUCAGCUGCGGCCCGGUGGUGGGCGGCGUCAUCGGCGCGCGCAAGCCCGUGUACGACGUGUGGGGCAACACGGUGAACGAGGCCUCGCGCAUGGACUCGACCGGCACGCUGGGCAUGAUCCAGGUGCCCAGGGCGACGGCCGAGGUGCUGGAGGCGCGUGGCUUCCUGCUGGAGCCGCGGGGCCUGGUGGCGGUCAAGGGGAAGGGCCACAUGGAGACGUGCUACGUGCUGGGCAGGGUGUCGGGCCGCUCCUCCGCCAUCCGCCGCCAGACGUCCACGUACAGCUCGCUGGCCGCGGUGGUCUACGGCAUGGUGCAGGCUCGCCGCCGGCAGACCCUUCGCGCCAAAGGUCCCCGCGCUCUUGGCCGCGCCCGCAGCCAGGGCCGGCACGGCGAGCGCCCCUACCACCAGGGCUCUAGAAGUAGAAUCGCCAACUUCAGCAGCUUCAGGGAGUCACAGAAGGGCGGUAACGAACUUCGCCUCAUGCCCGGACCGAACCGGCAACUGUCAGCCGACCCCAGCAUGCUGAACAGCAACAGCAACCGCCACCUCCUGUCCAGCCUGCUGGCAGCGUCGGCCGGGGCGGGCGACGACGCGCGGCCUGCCAGGCACCACCUCAACGUGUUCUCCAGUGAAUUCCAGCUCCAGACGGCGUCCGCCCCCCAGAGCCCCCUGAUGGCGCCGCUGGGCAUGUCGCCGUACCCGCCGACGGCCACCCCCAACGUGACGCCGAGCGCCACGCCGACGGCCACCCCCAACGCCACCCCCAACGCCACCCCCGCCCUCACGCCCGCGCUCACGCCGAUUACUGAUUUCAAAAAUAUUACUCAGUUGCUUACAGUAUUCAUGAUGACAUUUCUGGCCACAGCCUGA